UUGAAUUGCUUGUGUUCAUUUGUUGUUAUUGUUGUUAUUGCUAACUUAUUUUGCGUAGCUCUGGAACGUUACCUAUGCUAACAUAAAAGCGCGAUAGAAAUGCAUUUUGCUUCGUAUAAAGUGCAUUGUUAAAUUUGCAAUAUCUAAUUUGCGCAUAUGUGUACUAUUAAACCAUGAAAUAAGUCAGCGCCAACGCAUAUACCACCUCACACUGCAAUGAUUGCAUCCGAGUUUGUCGGCCGCCCUCAAAAGCCGAAUGCCCACUUUGAGGAUAAUCUGAAACUCGCCCAGGCGGCGACCACCACUGAUGAGAUCAAUAUGAAAGCAGCAGCUGCCGAAACAACCACGCCCACAACGACGCCCGCCGAUUUGCAGCCAGCAUAUCAAAAACUGUACGCCGAUUGCCAGGAUCAUGCCGCCUACUUUGCCAAGGACCACACUGAGCAUGGACAACGUUUGCAUGCCGCACACAUUGCCUGGCAGGAUUUUAUAGUGCUGGCCAAUCGGCUGGUCCUGCAAAUCGAGGCCUUUGCCCACGAAUAUGACUUUGAUGAGGCGACGCCGGGCAACGGCUAUCGCAGUUUCAUCUAUGUGACCAAUGCGUGCAUUUCGCAUGGACGCGGUAUUUGCCAGCAAUUGUUGGCCACACGCGCCACCCUCUUCUUUCGCAAGAAGUUCCUCAUGAAGGAGGUGGAGGCGUGCUCGCAGCUACUCUGCUCCCUGUGCACCUGCCUGCAGUAUCUGCUAAUCCUGCGCCAGUGGUCAGUGAAUACGGGCGAUCUGCUUGCCAGUGGACGGCACACAGCCGAGCAACUGUUUGAGCUGGGCGACACCAUCAAUCAGUAUUGUUUCUACGGUCGCUGCUUGGGCUUUCAAUAUGGCGACUCUAUACGCGGCGUGCUCCGGUUUCUGGGCAUCGGCAUGGCCAGCUACUCGGAGACGUAUUACUCGCAGACGGACAACGGCAGCAGCACUCUGCUAAAGACGACGCGCAGCCUGUGGUCCAGCGGCAAGUAUCUGAUGAAUCCAGAGUUGCGUGCCAGACGCAUUGUCAACAUUUCGCAGAAUGCCAAAAUCGAUUUCUGUAAAUCUUUUUGGUUUCUCGCCGAAUCGGAGCUGAUGCACAAGUUGCCCAGCAUUGUAGGGACUUCGAUUAAAGUGAAUCGCUUGAUUCAGCUGCCGGCGGAGCCACUGCGUCUGCCGGCGCGUCUACAGCAAGUGGAAAACAGCGCUGAUCAGCAAUUUGUGGACAUUCCCGUGCCCAGUGCACAUCUGGGACCUGGUCUACCCGUCUCGGUUCGACUGCUGAGCGCCAAGCGACGCGUCGGCAUGCUGGGCGAGGGACGCUAUCGCGGCUGGCGACGACCAGCAGCGCCAUCGAAAUCCAUACUAUUUCACUGCCAUGGCGGCGGCUUUGUAGCGCAAUCCUCCAAAUCGCAUGAGCUCUACUUGCGCGACUGGGCCGUGGCACUGGAUGUGCCCAUACUAUCCGUGGACUACAGUCUGGCACCGGAGGCACCCUUUCCACGUGCCCUGCAGGAGGUGUACUACGCCUACUGCUGGCUGCUGAACAACGCCGAGCAUCUCGGCACGACAGCAGAGCGUGUAAUCUGUGCAGGUGACUCAGCAGGUGCGAAUCUCUCCAUUGGCCUGGCGCUCAAGUGCAUUGAGCAGAAUGUUCGGGUACCGGAUGGCUUGUUUCUCGCUUAUUGCCCAACGCUGGUCAGCUUUGUGCCCAGUCCGGCGCGUUUAUUGUGCCUAAUGGAUCCACUGUUGCCGUUUGGUUUUAUGAUGCGCUGCCUGCGCGCCUAUGCAGCGCCGUCCAAUGAGAUGCUGCAGGAGAAUGCCAAGCAUGUGGAUCAGCUGGAACAGAUACGCAACGCACAGGCAGCAGCAGCACAACAGGGAGUGGAGUUGCCUGCCUCUAUUAGCAUCAACUCGAGUCGACGCACCUCAAUAGCGAGGAGUCCGCUGACGCCGCUAGAGCCGCCGCAGAAUCGUGAGGAUGUGGAUGAGGACGAGAGUAGCGACACUUUUGCCAGCGCGUCGUAUCACAGUCAGACGGUGGAGCGCACUGAUCUGCCCAGCAGUGGGGGCAGCGACAAUAGCUCGUGUGUAUCCUUUGAGGACGAUUCGCAGCCCAUCGAACAUUAUCCGGUUGAGAUUUCAGCUGAGAUACCCAAAGAUGCUGCCUCAGCUGCGUACAUUGACAGUUUUCUGGACAAAUAUCUCAUUGACACCGCCACCAUGGAGGCCACGGAGGAGAAUACAGUGACAGCGACAACAGCGGCAACAACAUUGCCACUGGCAAAUGGACACGCCAAAAGCGAUUCCGAGGAGAACAUUCUGGUUGAGACGGGCCGCGAGAUAAUGGUGGACACGCUGCCAGGUCGUUUUCACGAUGCGGUCAACAAUAUAAUCAAUCGGUGCACACAAUCCUACGAGAUACAUGGAGGGACGCACAGUGCAUCUUGUCCGCAGGAUGUGCGAAACUUGGAUGCACUGAUUGCGCGCAGCCCGAGCGAGGAGUUUGCAUUCGAAGUGCCCAAGGAUCCGUUUUUAUCGCCCUAUUGGGCCAGUGACGAGUGGCUAUCCCAACUGCCAGAGACCAAAAUACUUACGCUGAACAUGGAUCCUUGCCUAGAUGAUUGCGUUAUGCUUGCCAAGAAACUGAAGCGACUAGGACGACAAGUGACUUUGGAGAUACUUGAGGGUUUGCCACAUGGUUUUCUAAAUUUUACAAUGUUGUCCAAUGACGCGAUGGAAGGCUCCAAGCGCUGCAUCAAAUCGCUGCAGAUGCUGCUGCAUGCAACUAAAGAUAACAACGACGAUAGCACAGGCCAAGAUGAGAUCUCCAGUCCCAGUGCGUGCUCGGCUGCAUCGGCAGCGCCUUAAGAACAAUAUAAUCUUAAUCUUAUAUACAUGAACCAUAUAUAUAUUUAUAUUUAUACAAUGUUAUAUGCAAAAUUGACGUGUGGUUUAUGUGGCACAUUUCUUGCUUUUUUUUGCAUCUCGAAUGUUUUUUGAUACACAUUUUUAUAUUAUUAUUAUUGAAAAUAACGCAAUUAGCUUAGCUUUAUAUGUUUUGUAAUGGCAGCUAUACAAUUAUACGACUAGUUAGGCUAAAGCUUCUACACAUUAACCAAGCCAAUCGUUCAAGUAUUGAGAGCGUGUAAGCACGCUCAAUAAUGUAUGUAUAUAUAUAUAUAUAUAUAUACCGAUUCGUAUAUAUAUAAAAGCUCAAACAAUAUGUACUCAACACUUAUACAAUGACUCGAAUAUGUGCCUGUUAUAAACGAGUACUUAAGUGUUAUUUAUAUACCAAUUUAUAUAUUUACCUAUGUCUGGACAUCACUUUUGAGGCUUAUCAGCUUCUAUUCGAAUUAUAUAUACAUUUAUGUAUUUUAUUUUGCAUAUCAGUUUUAAAUUCCUCCUUUAGUUUUAAGCGUACUCGCCCAGUUUUUUAUGUUUUAUUGUACCCAGUUUUACUAUGUUAUUAAAUGGUUAUUGCCAUCAAA